AUGCCCUCCCUGCGGUCCUCCCGGCGCCAUAGCUCCUCGUCCCCAAGCAGCGUGUCCUCACCGCUGCUAAGAGGAGCGGCGGGCGGCCAGAGGCACUUGUCUGCGUCUUCUAGUUCCUCUCUCAGUGUGCUCUGUGAUGACAGGGACUCGGACCAGGCCGUAGGCGGGGAUAGUGACUCUUUGUCAGCUGAUGAAGGCAGUGACUUUGAAGAUAGCUUGAGACGCAAUGUGAAGAAGAGAGCAGCAAAACGACCACUCAAGACAACCCCAGUAGCAAAACAGCCAAAGAAGGGGUCCCGAAUAGCACGUGGUCAUGGUCAGAAGGAGGCAAAGCCACCAGCCAGUGAUCUCUUUGAUGCUGUGAAAGCUGCAAAAAGUGACAUGCAGUCUUUAGUGGAUGAGUGGCUGGAUAGUUACAAGCAAGACCAGGAUGCAGGAUUCUUGGACCUCAUUAACUUUUUCAUUCGCUCUUGUGGAUGUAAAGGCACUGUGACAUCUGAAAUGUUCAAGAAGAUGUCCAACUCAGAAAUCAUCCAGCACCUAACAGAACAGUUCAAUGAGGACUCAGGAGACUAUCCUCUGACAGCUUCAGGUCCAUCCUGGAAGAAGUUCCAAGGCUGCUUCUGUGAAUUUGUUCAGACAUUGGUCUAUCAGUGCCAAUACAGCUUCCUUUAUGAUGGCUUUCCUAUGGACAACCUCAUUUCCCUGCUCACUGGCCUCUCGGACUCCCAAGUUCGUGCCUUUCGUCACACUAGCACCCUUGCUGCCAUGAAGUUAAUGACCUCCCUGGUUAGGGUAGCCCUCCAACUGAGUCUGCACAAAGACAACAAUCAGCGUCAGUAUGAGGCUGAAAGAAACAAGGCACCAGAACUGAGAGCUCCUGAGCGCCUGGAGAGCUUGCUAGAGAAACGCAAAGAGCUCCAAGAGCAUCAAGAGGAGAUUGAAGGGAUGAUGAAUGCCCUUUUCAGGGGCGUCUUUGUACAUCGGUACAGGGAUGUCCUUCCUGAGAUCCGUGCUAUCUGCAUUGAGGAAAUUGGGUCUUGGAUGCAGAGCUACAGUACCUCUUUCCUCACUGACAGCUACUUAAAAUAUAUUGGCUGGACCCUGCAUGAUAAGCAUCGAGAAGUCCGUCUGAAGUGCCUAAAGGCUCUGAAAGGACUGUACAGCAACCGGGAUCUGACUGCACGCCUGGAGCUCUUUACCAACCGCUUCAAGGACCGGAUGGUUUCCAUGGUCAUGGACAAAGAGUACGAUGUGGCAGUGGAGGCUGUCAGGUUACUGACACUUAUACUUAGGAACAUGGAAGGAAUGCUGACAGAUGCAGACUGUGAGAACAUCUACCCAGUGGUCUAUGCCUCGAACCGAGCCCUGGCUUCUGCUGCAGGGGAGUUUCUGUACUGGAAACUAUUCUACCCUGAGUGUGAGACAAAAACCAUAGAUGAAAGAGAGCGACGCCGCAGUCCACGUGCCCAAAGGACUUUCUUCCACCUUUUGCUGUCCUUCUUUGUGGAGAGUGAGCUUCAUGACCAUGCUGCUUACUUAGUAGACAGCCUGUGGGACUGUGCAGGGUCUCAGCUGAAGGACUGGGAGUGUCUGACAAGCUUGCUGCUAGAGAAGGACCAGAACUUGGGUGAUGUUCAAGAAAGCACACUGGUAGAAAUUCUUGUGUCCAGUGUCCGGCAAGCUUCAGAGGCUCACCCUCCUGUGGGUCGAGUCACUGGGAGGAAGGGCUUAACCCCUAAAGAGCGUAAGAUGCAAACAGAUGACAAGGUGAAGCUGACUGAACACCUCAUCCCUCUUCUUCCCCAGCUUCUGGCCAAGUUCUCAGCCGAUGCAGAGAAGGUUGCUCCCUUGCUCCAGCUUCUCAACUACUUUGACUUGAACAUCUACUGUACCAGGCGCUUGGAGAAGCAUCUGGAACUGCUCUUGCAGCAGCUCCAGGAGGUGGUGGUGAAGCAUGCGGAGCCAGCAGUGCUGGAGGCUGGAGCUCAUGCCCUCUAUUUGCUCUGUAAUCCUGAGUUCACUUUCUUCAGUCGGGUAGACUUUGCCCGCAGCCAACUGGUGGAUCUUCUGACUGACCGCUUCCAGCAAGAACUUGAAGAGCUGUUACAGUCAUCCUUCCUAGAUGAGGAUGAGGUAUAUAGUCUGGCAGCCACUCUGAAGCGCCUCUCUGCCUUCUACAAUGCUCAUGACCUAACUCGCUGGGAACUCUAUGAGCCUUGCUGUCGACUCCUCCAGAAGGCUGUGGACACAGGAGAGGUACCUUACCAGGUGACAUUACCAGCCUUGACACUUGUCUAUUUUUCCAUUCUCUGGUCGCUAACCCACAUUUCUGGAUCAGAUGCUUCCCAGAAGCAACUGUUGAGUUUGAAGGGCAGAAUGAUGGCCUUCUGUGAGUUGUGCCAGAGCUGCCUCUCAGAUGUGAAUCCUGAGAUCCAGGAGCAGGCUUUUGUCUUAUUAAGUGAUCUGCUUCUCAUCUUCAGCCCUCAGAUGAUUGUAGGGGGACGUGAUUUCCUUAGGCCUCUUGUCUUUUUUCCUGAAGCCACUCUGCAGUCUGAGCUAGCCAGCUUCCUCAUGGACCACGUCUUCAUCCAGCCCGGCGAACUGGGCAGUGGUCAUUCCCAGGAGGAUCAUUUACAGAUAGAGCAACUGCACCAGCGGCGCCGCCUUCUGGCUGGCUUCUGCAAACUAUUACUUUAUGGGGUGCUGGAGAUGGACGCUGCCUCAGAUGUUUUCAAACACUACAACAAGUUCUACAAUGACUAUGGUGAUAUUAUCAAGGAGACAUUAACUAGAGCCAGGCAGAUUGACCGAGGUCAUUGUUCGAGAAUCCUGCUGUUGAGCCUCAAGCAGUUAUACACAGAACUGCUGCAGGAACAGGGGCCCCAGGGCCUUAAUGAGCUUCCAGCCUUCAUUGAAAUGAGGGACUUGGCCCGGAGAUUUGCCUUGAGCUUUGGACCCCAGCAGCUGCAGAACCGUGACUUUGUGGUCAUGUUACACAAGGAAGGCAUCAAGUUCUCCUUAUCUGAGCUGCCUCCAGCUGGCUCAUCUGACCAGCCCCCAAAUCUGGCAUUCCUGGAGCUCCUUUCAGAGUUUUCCCCACGACUUUUCCAUAAGGACAAGCAGCUACUACUCUCCUACCUAGAGAAGUGUCUGCAGCAUGUCUCCCAGACACCUGGCCACCCCUGGGGUCCAGUCACCACCUACUGCCAUUCCCUUAGCCCUGUAGAGAGCACAGCAGAGGCCAUCCCUCAGGGCCAUCCGCGCCCUAAGAAGAGGCGCGUUGAAGGCUCUUCCAAACAACAUGGAGAGGACAUCUCUUCACCCCAGGAAGAAAGCCUCCAGCUGAACAGCAUCCCACCCACACCCACCCUCACCUCUACAGCUGUGAAGAGUAGGCAGCCCCUGGCAGGGUUGGAAGAGAUGGAAGAAGAUAGCUCAGAAUCAGAGUCUGCCCAGAGCCAGCACCUUUCAGGCACCCAGAGGUCAAGAGUCUCAAGUCCACAGCAUUUCCAGACUCCACUCAACCCUUCAGCUCCUGGUCUGGGCAACCGACUAACCCGACUCAGCCUUAUGGAAGAGGACGAAGAAGAGGAUAUUCACACAGAGUCGAGUGAAGGAUGGCAAGUCACACGCAAGCAACUGAGUGGCCAGUCUUCUCCCAGUGAGCAUGGCCUAGACCUCUUAGAUUCUACAGAACUGAAUAUUGAGGAUUUCUGACAGAACAGUGUGCUGCUCCCCAUCUCCUCUCCCCACUUUUAUGACAGGACUACUCAGAGAAGAAAAACAGAGCCAAAGGAACCAUUGCUUCCAUGUCCCAACCCUGGUCUCUGAAGGAAGGAAGUAGAGGGCUUGCCUUCCUAACCUAACCAUCUCUGGGAUUGAGAAUGAGUUAGUUCCCCCCACCCAACACUCCGCCCCCAUUCUGCCUGAGGAGCUAUGGCUCCCUCCCUCUGAUUGAGCAGAGAGCCUAUUUCCUGCUGUGUUUGGAGGGGUGGGGACAUCAUUUGACAUUGCAGGGGGUACUGCCUCCCUGUGUU